UCUAUAAUCCAUAAAAUAAAUACAUUAUAAUAUCCAUUAUAAAUAUAUUUAUAUUGGUACAACAUUUCUGAAGAAUCAGCCAUAAUAAUAAGACCAAUCGAUGAAAAUUUAAAUCGAAGAUAAUAUUACUAUUAUUGCAUAUUAAAUGACGAUGGUUUUAUAACAAAGUAAAUAAUUCUAGAUCGAUUGAUUGAAGCAGUCAAAAACAAUGUCUAUUUUAUUGAGACAAAAAAAGGCCGGAAAAAAUUAUUUAUAUUAAACCGUUUAAGACGUGAAUACUAAAUAAUAGACUUAAUAGAUCUUUAUAAUUUGGAAAACAAUGAUAUAUACACAAUUCCCCCUUCAAAAACUUUAUCUUUUUCAAUUUAUAGUUAUGAAAUGAAUAAAUAAAUUGUUAUUUAAAAAGAAUAAAAAAUUAUGUUUAAUAGUGAUUAUUUAGCCUUUUAUAAAACACCUUUUUUCGACGAUGAUUGUAACUAAAUCAUGAUUCCAUCAAAAGAUGUUUAUGAAAUAUCAGAAUAUUGUAAUACAAAAAAUAUUAUUGUUUUCGACGAUUAUAAUAAAUAGUUCCUCGCGCAUAUGAUUUAUAAAGGGAAAAAAUACAGAUUGGCCCAAUAUCCUUCUUAUAAGUGCCUGCAUGUAAUUGAUAUUGAUAAUGAUAUUGCCCUUAUUUUAGACUUAGGCUUUAAAUCUUCAGUUGAAACAGUAUUUGUUGUUUAAUUAAUAUUUUCUGAAGAUACUGUUACUUUUAAAAAGAAACUAAACCUGAAUUAAGAUAAAUUUUAUAUGUCUGAUAUUUUCGAUUUUGGAAUUGGGAAAAAAAUAAUUUGCUUAGGGACUUCUAAUAAAUGGAAAUUUUACGAUUUGCUUACUUUUAAGGAAGUAGAAAUGUCUCCAGAUAGUUCGUCAAUUAACUUCGGAAAAUAUUAUUAUAUUUUGUCUUAUAAAUCAGUAAUUAUUUUUGGAAAUGUUGUAUAUGAUAUAUCUUAUGAUCAAGAAUUCGAUUAAGUUAUUGUAAUCAAAAGAAAGAAUCAAAAAUAUAAAUAUUAUACACUUCCUAUAAUAGACUAAAGGUUUAGAUAGUCAUUUUAAAAAGGAAAAGCUUUAAUUGCAGGCGAUAGUAGCAAUAGUGAUAAAUAUGUCUACUUAUAUUCAAUUGAAAAUAUACUUUGUAGAGAUAAUGAGCAUAUAACUAAUAAUCUAUAAUGCGUUUAAUGCAAAAGCAAUGAGUAUUUUAAAGACGAUAUAUGUGUAGGGUGCCCAUAAGGAACUUUUGUUGAAAAUAAUAUAUGUACUGCAUGUAUGCAAGGAUGUAUAUUAUGUAAUAAUAAAUAUACUUGUAUUAUAUGUGAUUAAGGUUAUUAUAUAAAUGAUUUGAAGGAAUGUUAAACUUGUAUUAAUAUUAAGUGUAAAACUUGUCAAAUUGAUACUCCAGAUAUAUGUACUUCUUGCAAUUCAUCUAAAGUUUUACAAACAAAAAAUUAAAAAUGUGUAGAUGCUUGUGAUAGCAAUUAAUAUUUAGAUAAUACUCAAGUUGAUAUACCUUAAUGUAGGGAUUGCAUUAAUUUAUGUCUUAAAUGUGUAAACGCAAAUUCUUGUUAACUUUGUGUAAAUGGCAACUUUUUAAAUACAAAUACUUCGAAAUGUGAACCAUGUGAUGCUCAAUGUACUACAUGUGAAAACGAUUCAAAGACUUCUUGUCUUACUUGUAAUAAUAAUUAAUAUUUAUAAACUAACUAAACUUGCAAAGACACCUGUUUACCCAAUUAAUAUCCGGAUAACACGAGAAAAUGCUAACCGUGUAAUGCAUCAUGCUUAUCAUGUAUUAAUAAUACUUCAUGUUCUACAUGUGCUGAUGGUAAUUAUUUAAAUCCUUUAACUUAAUUUUGCUCGCAUUGCUCCGCUAACUGUAGAACUUGCGAUAAUAAUGCUGAUACUUGUACAUCCUGUAAUAAGGGCUAAUAUUUAAAUACUAAUACUAAUACUAAUAGAUGUGAACAAUGUAACGCGAACUGUGUAGCGUGCGAAAAUGGACCCACUAAUGAUUAAUGUACGGAAUGUUAACUUAAUAAUUUUCUCACUUAAGACAAAAAAUGCGUUAUUUCUUGUUAAUAAAAUUAAUAUGCAGAUGCACUAAGAAAAUGCUAAUAAUGUAAUGCAUCUUGUCUUACAUGUUAAAAUGCUAUUUCGUGUAAUACAUGUAAUGCGGGGUAUUAUAUAAACACAAGGAGUAAUUUAUGUGAAAAAUGUGAUGAUAAUUGUCAAACAUGUGAAAAUGGAAUAGUAAAUAAUUAAUGUAUUACCUGUAAUAAUAAUUAAGUUCUUUUAUAAACUAAAAAAUGUGCCGAUAAUUGCGACAAUAAAUAAUUUGAGGAUUAAAAUAAAAAGUGUUAGUAAUGUGAUCUUAUGUGUCUUAAUUGCUUGAAUUCUAAUACAUGUGAUACUUGUGAAGAAGGAUCAUAUUUGAAAAGAAGUACAUAAAAAUGCGAAUUAUGUGACUUAAAUUGUAAGGCAUGUAUAGAAAAGGGCAAAUGUGUAUCUUGUAAAUAGAAUUAUUUUUUAACUUAAAAUUAAUAAUGUAAACUAGAAUGUGAUUAAUCUUUUUUUCCCGAUUCUUAAGGAAAUUGUUAACCAUGUGAUUCUAAUUGUUUAAAUUGUAAACAAUUUAAUUAAUGUACAGAAUGCUUUUAGGGACUCUAUUUAUUUAAUGGAUUUUGUAGUAAUGAAAUUUAUUGCUAAUAGAAUACUUACUUAGACGAAAAUGAGUGCAAAACUGAAUGUCCUUAAAAUAAAUUUAAAAAUCUAGAGACUAAUACAUGCGAUCAUUGCCAUUCCUCAUGCAAAAGAUGCACGGAAACAGGCAAUAUUAAAUGCUUGGAGUGUGAAAACGGACUUGUUUUGAAUAAAGAUGGUAAAUGUGAGAAUAAAGUAAUUAAAACAUAUGCUGCUACUAAUAAGUUGAUGUUUAAAGUAUAUAUUGUUGUUACUGUAUAUAUAUUUAUUGCGUGUAUAAUUUGCUAUUUUUUAGAUUAUAAAUCCUAUUUUAGAAAUAGGAAAGUGAAAAAUUUCGAAGAAGAAGAAUAUAAACCGAAAACAUCAAAAUUUUAAAUGGAGCCCGUAAAAGACCAUAUCACAGCAUAAAAUGAAGCAGAAAAUGUAAACAAUUAAAAUUAAAGGUAAAGGUUAAGGUCUAAAUCAGAUAUUCAAAAAGCAAAUUAUUAAAUAGAAAAAAUAGAAACUAACUCACAAAAGAAUAAUAAUAAAAUUAAUAGAAAUCCAAGAAAAUAAAGUAAUUAUAUAAGUUAAAGUUAAGCUUGCCCUGAUUAAAAUACCUAAAAUAUGUCUGAAUUUAAAAAUUUUCUCGAUAAAUAAAUUAUAUAAAAUAAUACUAAUAAGAAAAACAAUACAAAUGUUAUUUUAUUUAAUGAUAUUAAAAAUGAAAAUAAUAAUAUAAACAAAGUUAAUAGAAUAAAUAUAAAUCAUAAUUAUUAUUAAUAUGACUAGAAAUUAUAUUUUACACUUAUUGCGAAUGAAUUUUUGGAAAUGUAUUUAUUAUAAGACUAUACACGAAACUCUUUAAUUAGGGCUUUAUUAAUGUAUUUUAAAUAAUGCUUAUUUAUGCUAGUUUGCUUUUAUUAUAAUAUGAAAGGAUAUUUUUAAAUAGCAAUUUUAAUAUUAAUGUGUAUUUUAGUAAAAUAAUGUUUAAAAAAAUUAAUUGAAAAUAUUAAUUUUUUAAAGUGUCAUAGAUUUAUAGUUUCAAAGUUAAUUUUUUUAACUAUUUUUAUGAUAUUCUUUAUUUUAUUUAUUUUGAAAAAAUGUAAUAUUAAUAAUGAUGAAGAAGAUUAUAAAUGGACUAUUUGCUACUUAUAAGUUUUUGCUAUAGAUCUAAUUUUGAUUUAAAAUAUAAUUUCAUUUUUAAACUAUUAUUCGAGUGUAAGAUGUUUGAAAGGAUAUAAUGAUAUAUUACAGAAAUUAUUAGAUUUUACAUUUGUUUAAAAUAAUAUAAUAAAUUAAAUAAAAAUAAAAGAAAUAAAAAAAUAUA